ACUUGAACUUGGAAGUCCCUUGGGUCUAAAAUCCAAUCCGUAGAGACAGUCAUGGAGGGGCUCGUGAAACCUUUAUUCAGUUCAAUGAUUCCGCCAAUACUGCCCCAUCACAGCGAACUAGCACCUUUAUCGUUUGUGACAUCGAAUCCUAUCCUUCGUGCUCCACUGCUUAUUACAGCUUCCAAUUCCUUCUCUACUACUACAGUUCUCCGUCGCUUCCCUUCCUAUGUUGUAUAUUCCACACCGGAAAGCCAGUUGAGUGUAGAGGUUGGUGAUGAUACCAGAGAAUGGGCAAUGCAAGAUUUUUAUACCCUAAGGAAGGAUGUAGAAACCGCUUCAGAACGUGUAGAAGAUAUCAGAGCUGCUGCUUGUCUGCAGCGAUUAGAAAAUGAAAUUGCAGAUUUGGAGGCAAAAGGAGCUGAUGAAUCCUUUUGGGAUGAUCGUGCAAAAGCACAGGAAACCCUUCUGGCCCUGAGUGAUGCAAAAUAUAAAAGUGAUUUGCUGAAGGAGUUUAAAACCAAGGUUGAAGAUGCAGAAACUAUAGUUAAGCUAACGGAGGAGAUGGACUCUAUAGAUAGUGGACUUCUAGAAGAGGCUGCUGGUAUCGUUAAAGAAUUAAACAAAGCAGUAGAUCGUUUUGAAUUGACUGAACUUCUUUCUGGUCCGUAUGACAAAGAAGGUGCUGUUAUUUCCAUCACAGCUGGAGCUGGAGGUACUGAUGCUCAGGAUUGGGCUGAAAUACUCCUCAGAAUGUAUGUAAGAUGGGCAGAGAAACAGAGAUACAAGACUAAGGUGGUUGAAAAAUCUCCAGGAGAGGAAGCUGGGAUAAAGUCGGCAACAAUUGAAGUUGAAGGCCGGUAUGCUUAUGGUUAUCUGUCUGGGGAGAAAGGAACACACCGCAUUGUGCGACAGUCUCCUUUUAAUGCCAAAGGUCUUCGCCAGACAAGCUUUUCCGGGGUAGAAGUCAUGCCUCUUCUUCCUGAAGAGUCGUUGGAUGUGGAUAUACCCGAAGAGGACCUGGAAAUUAGCUUUUCAAGGGCAGGAGGGAAAGGAGGACAAAAUGUAAACAAGGUUGAAACCGCUGUUCGUAUCACCCACAUCCCCACUGGCGUCACUGUUCGCUGCACAGAAGAGAGAUCUCAACUGGCAAACAAGUUAAAAGCGAUGAUCCGUUUAAAGGCAAAGCUUUUGGUCAUAGCUGAGGAACAAAGAGCUUCUGAAAUCAAGCAAAUAAGAGGGGAUGCAGUGAAAGCUGAGUGGGGGCAGCAGAUAAGGAAUUAUGUAUUCCAUCCGUACAAACUUGUUAAAGAUGUGCGGACAGGUUUUGAAACAUCUGAUAUCACUUCAGUAAUGAAUGGCGAAUUGGAGCCCUUCAUCAAAUCUUACCUCAAAUACAAAUACAGUAUGGCAGCAUCAUCGAGUUAAUUAACUUGCUAUUUAGUGGCUGAUCAUGGUAUUUCUUUGUAUAUGAAACUUGUACAUGAUUUCAGUCGAUACAAUCUUUCAGAUGGUUCUAUCAUGAUGCUAUUCAUUGCUCAUAAUGAUCUCACUUGAACUUCUUAUGUA